CCCCGCCUUUAUAAGCCGGCGGCCGGGAGAGCUCAGCUCAUCGCACUUACUCAAGCUCAGCUACAAUUAACUUGCUCGCAAGCUCGCGAUCUCGGCUCUGCUAUUUUCUCCCCUCCUCCUACUCGAUCGGCGGCAGAGAUAAAAGAGAUCGAUCGAGAAGAUGUCGGACGGCACGGCGACCUGCAUCGACAUCAUCCUCGCCAUCAUCCUGCCGCCGCUCGGGGUCUUCUUCAAGUUCGGCUGCGGGGUUGAGUUCUGGAUCUGCCUCGUCCUCACCUUCUUCGGCUACCUCCCCGGCAUCAUCUACGCCGUCUGGGCCAUCACCAAGUAGACGACAUCUCCUUCGAGGUACUAUUAUGCAGGUGAUAAUGGGACCUCGUGCGCUUGAUAUUCUGGUGUAAUCUGCUACAGCUGUUUUGAGACGAUGUAAUUUCUUUUUUUUCUAGCUUCUGGUUUUUCUUGUUUUUUUUCCUUUGGGUGCGGCCCUGUUCCUGGGGUACGGGCUGCACCUCCUCCACUGUAUCGUCCAGUUCCUCUGCACAUUUCCGUCCCUGUACUUUGAUUAAUUAAUUGUUUCGUCCUUUCUUCGGUGGAAAAUCCGAUCCCCUGGCUACUUGAGCAAUGACAUUAUCCGUUUUCCCCC